CUCAUGCCUCAUCUAAUUUGGAGUGGACACCAUGUGCUGCUGUGUUUACGACCCGGCGGACGUGGUCGCAGCAUGACAUUAGCGCAUGCUGAACAUCAGUCAGGACACACCCACCCUCCCCCCAAAUUUUCCAAGACUCUUCUCUAUUUAAGAAGUCAAGCCAACAGACAUUUUAUCAUACGAACCAAGAUUUACUACUAUUCAAACCCUCUCCAAACUACAGCUAGCUAUUUCUCUUGAACAUUAGCGUAUCAAUACGACAGCAGACUCAUAACUUACCCCUCCACGUCUAUCCACGAUGCCUCAGGAUAUUGAUCCCAACGCUCGAAGAGAAGUUAACAGCGCGCUCAUUAGCUCUGGGAGCGCUGCUGUUGGACAGAUGGUUGAUACCGCCAAUUCCUCUGUUGAGAAGCGUCGCAGGAACAAAGAGGCGCGAGAGAAACGCGAGGCUGAAGAGAAAGCCGCCAGCGAAAAGAGGGCAAAUGCCGCUAAGGGCGGUGUCUCUGGCUAGCCAAUGUUUCAGAGCUGAUAUGCUGGCCUUACGAGGGUCUGUAGCCAGAAAGCUAGAUGACUCUUACUACCAUUGCAUCCACAACUUCAUUUCCUACCAGUCGUUACUGUAUUCAUUCUUUCGUAUUUUUUGCUCACAGCUUGGGGAAGGCAUGCUCCAGGAAGAGGGUGUGCUUUGGUACACAUAUUCUCUAUAUCGAUUAUAGUAUAUCUAUCGAGGAAUAGGUGUAGAUGUACUUGGGAAUCAACUUAUCUGGUUAACCUUUAUCCAAAAUCCUCCAGAAUUCAGGAC